GUUGUACGUUCAGUGAGAAAAAGACAAGCAACUCUACUGUCAGCUGUCAAUGAAUACAACUGCUAUCAUAAGCAUUCAAGCUAGAUUUUGAUGCUUAAAUGGGCGAGAAUAUGAAGAAAUCUCCAAUACAGGAUCUAAAUGAAGAUGCGUCCUCCAGCAGCAGCGAGGACAAUGGCAGCAGAAGCAGUGGGAGCAGCAGCAAUGGCGGAAGCAGUAGCGAAAAUAGCUCCAGCAGUGCCUCGGGGGUCGAAAGGCCAUCCACUUCAGUGAAAGUGGAGAAUGCAAGUGCCAAUGGCUCAGGCGCAGGCAGCUCGUUCGCCCAGCCUGCUGACACUGAAGAGAAUGAUCUCGAUGUAAAGCUUGACGAGCUGGUGGAUCAAGUGGAACGGUUUUGUAAGACCAAGUAUAAGAACAGGCUGUGCGCCGAAUUCAAGACUGAGCUGCCACCGAUAGAUGUUCACUUUUUGGGUGGCCUCGAGAGAUUCUUGCGCAUGCCGCAUUUUAUGCCUGUUGAGCCGGAAGCCUACGAGGCGCAUACAUUCCAAAAUGCUCUCCGUCCGGAAGACCUUAACGACAAGGAGUCCCGUGAUGCUUUCAUCACGAAACUUAAGACAACUGUCCGCUGGCGCGAGUGCCAGGAUAAGUCGACGGGCGAGCUGUACAAAGAGUCGAAUGCUCGCAUUGUGCGCUGGUCCGAUGGUUCGGAAACCUUUCACGUUGGUGCAGAGGCCUUUGAUGUGGUCAAACAUCCCAUGCCCAUGGGUCAGAACCAGCUGUAUGUGCGUCAGGGUAGCUACUAUUAUAGGCAAGGCCCCAUCAAGGAUAAAAUGACACUGCGCCCCAAACUGGAGUCGAACUUUGGGCAAAGCCACGUGCAGGGCCUGCGCAAACGUGCCUUUUAUAAGCCGCUCAACAGCUGUGUGAAGGUAUUAAUGGAUCUCAGCACCAAUCCGGUGCUGGAUCGCGAGCGCAAGGUAAAAGAGGAGCAGGCCCAGGAGCGGAAGGAAAAGUCGGACAAGCGGCGUGAGCAGAAAAAUCAACGCAAGCCUCGUGUGAAGCCCAUGCGACAUUGCACAGCCGACGAUAUUGAUGCCGAACUACCAAUCCAUCAAAGUGAGCUUGAAACUGAUCGCUACCCGCUGACUGAUGAUCAGGAUUGGAGUCAGCAUCAGAAUGCAAACACUGCGACUGUAUUUCCGGAAGUCAAACGAACGCCAGGCAUUCGCACCAAUCGCAACACGGAAAUGAAGCCAAUGAAGUAUGAAGAGGAGAGCGAUGAUUAUGAGGGGGAGAAUGACAAUUUCAGCCCAUAUAGCAAAGCGGAUGCUGUAGAGCAACCCAAACAUAAGCCAGACCUUAAUGCAAAAUCGAAUUCAAAGCAAACGAAGCUCAAACACAGACGCAAGCAAGCCAUUCUCAGUGAUUCUGAAUAAACUUGACACAAGUCU